AUGUCUAUCCUCAAUAGACACAGUAUAUUAUCUGUACAUAUUUUUAUACGUAGAAGUGUUAAUCGAGUAUGUAAAGAAGAUUAUCGUUAUAAAGACACCACCAUUCCGAAAGGUUGUACAAUAACGAUUCCAAUACACCUUUUAAAACAUGAUCCAGCUUAUUGGAGUGAACCUGAUAAGUUUAAUCCCUACAGAUUUUCUUCCGAGGAACAGCAGAAAAUUGAUUCCAUCAUUUACCAACCAUUCGGAGCAGGGCAAAGAAUUUGUAUAGCACAAAGAUUAGCAAAAACUGUAAUGAAAUUAGUACUGGCAAAUCUCAUACGAUCGUUUAAAUUAGAAGAAUAUGGAGACGAUGAAAAUGAAAGAGAGCAGACCCAAUUAUUCACUUAUACAAUCAAUAGAUUAAUGGUGAAAGCAACUCCAUCAGAUACCUGAUUGUCGACAAUACUACANCUU